AAAAGUUGUGGCAGGCCACAAAUCCCUCUCCAUGGCAACAUUAAAUCACACGUUUUUACGUUCCGUAGUAAGGUUUAUUUUGAAUGUAACCCCGGCUUCAAGUUGGUUGGAGACAAGUAUCGCCAAUGUCAGGCGAAUCAAACAUGGAGUGGACGUGCGCCAACCUGUAAACGUAAGAAAUGAUGCUACUUAGUGUUUCAUUAGAUGCUGUUUUACUAAGCAAAUGGAAAGCUCUCGGAGAAAGGGGAAAGAGCGUGAAAAUACAAAUUAGGGACUCAGCGAGCUCCCCAGAAAUAAAGGUAUCUUGCAAACGACAAGUAACAUUCAUGCCAUAGAUUUCUUUGGGGACGAAUCUCUCGUGAAAAUUCGUGUUACCUGUUAUCCAAAGUCCCCACUCCCCUUCCUUUAAACAACUUAAAAGUUUUAUUAUGGUCAGUCCUCAAAGUGAUGGACGAGCGAACAAAUUGGAGCUAAGUUUGCUGUUGCUUUAUAAUUAUCUCCAUAUUAUUUUUGUCCCUUAAAGCAAUUGAUUGCGGCAGGUUGUCAACUCCACAUAAAGUUUUAAUAGUUUCGGAAACCGGUCACACGCGAUUUGGCGGUUACGUGAAAUAUCGGUGUAAGGAGAAAAGCUACGAGCUGAUUGGCUCAGAGACUCGAGUUUGUCAAAACGAUGAACAGUGGAGCGGAGUGGAACCUUCAUGCCAAAGUAAGUACUAUUCUUUUACAAACUAACUUUAACAUUACACCUAUUUUCAAAAGAGAAUGAUUCAAUUUGCAAAGGCCCAACCUACAUCCUUCGCGCACUUUUGUCUCGCUGUUGUUCAAACUUAGUGUGUUUUAUGAAAGCCUGCGGUAUUCAAAAUGUCACAGACCGUGCCAUUUCGUUAUUGGCCAUUUAAUCUCAUUAUCACGUGAACGUUUGUGUUGCAAACAAAUUGAAAAUUACAUCGUCUUAAUAGAUAUGUGAUAAAGUGAUCCUAAAUUUUAUACGCCCUUGUAUUCCUGAAGGAAUUUCACAUUUGAAAUUUUUUUUACAGUUAUAAACUGUGGGAAUCCAGAUACCCCAGCGAAUGUGAAACAAGUUAGUAUUACAAAUGGUUUUAAUUAUGGUAGCUCGGUGGAAUUCGCUUGUGAGGUGAAUUACACUUUGGAAGGAUCCAAAAUAAUAACCUGUGGGGAAACAAAAGAGUGGAGUUCAUCUGCCCCAAGUUGCCUUGGUGAGUAA